CCAGUAGAUAUUGAAAGUAAUAAUUUAUUGGCUAAUUGGUAAUAUUCCAUUACAUUUCUAGAAGAUCAUGUUCUUAAUAAUAUCUUUCUUGCAUGUUUCAACCCAAAUCUUGUCCGCGUCCUUCCAACUCUAUAUAAAAGAAAACCCAUUUAGUUCUAAACCAUAACGGCCAAUCUUUUUUCUCAUCCGAAGAAAAAAAUAUAUUUAAGAGAAGAAGAAGAAGAAAUGGCGUCUUUGAAUCCUGUUUUCUUUCUAGUAUUCCUCCUAUUGACAACGUUCUACCACCUUGGUGAGGGCCGUGCGCCCCAUACAUUUCUUGUGGGAGGAUCAGACGACGGAUGGAAAGUUCCAGAAUCAUCCAACAAGACUCGACUCAUCCAUUGGGCUGAGACCCAAAGAUUCCUAGUAGGAGACAGUCUCGAGUUUAACUACGAUAACAAGACAGAUUCGGUGUUACAAGUGACAAAAGAAAACUACGAAAAGUGCAUUACAAAAGAGGCUUCGAAAACAUAUACUGCGACACAAACCAUCCUGAAACUUAAUGACUCAGGUCCACACUACUUCAUCAGUGGAGAUCAAGGUAAUUGCGCUAACGGUGAAAAAUUGAUCGUGGUGGUUCAGUCACCUGAUCACCCGCCCAUGCCCAAGCCCGUACCCCCCACUGCUCCACCAACUCCUUCAAAACCUCCUACUUCACCGGCACCUCCUACUUCACCGGCACCUCCUACUUCACCAGCACCUCCUACUUCACCGGCACCAACUCCGGCCAACAACACUGCCGUUGGGUUGGUUGCUGGAAGUGGCAUCUUCUGGACCUUUAUUGCUGUCAUUGGGCUCGCUUGGGCUUAAGCCUCUAUAUUAGAAGAUGAUCUUUAUUAUGCGACCAAAUCUAUGUUCUAGAGAAUAAUGAUUAUCGAGAAAACGGUCAUUUAAAUACCGAACUCACACCAAUUUGCAAAAACAAAUACAGACUUUUCGUUAAUUAAAAAAAUCAUACUUACAUUGACCAAGCCAAACUAGAUACACUUAUGGUCAACUUUAUUAAUCGUCAAAUCUCCGUUUAUAGUUCACGGUGUCAUAUACGUCCUCGUUUAAUAAAAAGGAAUAACUUUCCAAAAUCCCCUAGUCGAUACUCUUUGAACCCUAACCUCCAAUUGAAUUCACAUCUUCUUCUCUUCUCUGCGGAAAUAGAAUGUUUGAUUUUCACAUCUUCUUCUGCUUUUCUUCUUCUUCUACUCUUCUCCUUUGUUACUUUUAAAGGCUAUAAUUGAGUGACGAACUUGAGUUUGAUUCCAUUUGGAAAACCAAGCUUGCCGUCAAAGUGUGUUUGUAGGGAGUAAAGUAUCUAUUAACAUUAGGAUUUCAUUUGAUAAGAGCAUUUAUUUAAGUGGGUGGAGGUAUCAUUACUUGAAGAGGUUGAAGAUUCAGUUCCAAUACUUGAGAACAUUCUGUCUGACAAUGUGAAAGAAGAGGCUGAUUGCUUGAAUAAGGUGGCUGAGGAGUUGAAAGAGGAUGUAAUUUUGAAAAAGUUUGAGAUGAGGAAGUGGAAACUCAUUACUUAAAUAAGUUGCGGAUUCGUUUGUUUUAUGUUUGUUGUGAUUGUAAUAGUCUGUCUCAUGUUUCUACUAAGCUCUUGAUUGUCUCAUUUGUAAGCAUUUUUUAUUAAACUCUUGUAUCCUUAUCUCAUGUGUAAGACUAUUAAUCUAUGUUUGUUGUUGA